AUGCUUCAAUUAUAUGAUGGUACUCGAAUUCAACGCAUUGAAAAACAACUCAUUUCACCAACAAUGUUUACUAUUGAAUUGAUAAAUCAACCUUAUAUAUUAUCAAUUGGUGAGACAAUUCAAAUGAAUUAUACUCUAAAAAGUUUAUUAUCUGAAAAAGUUGAUACACGCUUGCAAAUAAGAGAUACAUUGAAUUUAAUUGAUUCUAAUGGUAUGGAAAAAAUUUAA